UUAAGGUACAAUGUUUGAAUCGUAGCCGUGUUCCCGUUGGACUUUUUCUCCCGCUUCCACGCGGAAAUUUACCGCCUCGGGUGUAAUUCUAGCGUUUUACAGCGUUGUUGCAUUGUGUUUACAGUGCAGAGCUGUGAGUCCCAUUGGACUUUUUGGCGGCCCUGUUCAGUUACCGUGGCUGCGUGGAAGUCUUCCGCGACCUCUUUUGGUCUGUUGGUUUUACAUCACAGUCGUGAAAAGUCGCGGUACUUUAACCCCAAAAGUUCAAAGGGGACACGGGUAGGGACCAAAUGCAGACGGCAAGCAUCACCACGGGCUUUGUGGAAGCAGAGGGUGGUUCUACGGGGAUGUAUGGCCCUAUGAGGAAGGAGAGGUCUAGGAGGUUGUGCGUGGUGUGCAAAGGGUUGGCAACGGGCUACCAUUACGGCGUGGCGUCAUGUGAGGCGUGUAAGGCAUUCUUCAAGAGAACUGUUCAAAGGAAGUUGGCCUACUCUUGCUCAGAGGACCAGCAAUGUGAAGUGCUUCAUGGAAAUAGGCGGACAUGUCAGUCAUGCCGGUACAACAAAUGCAUCAAAGAAGGCAUGAUGGUUGAAGGUGUCCGACUGAAUCGGUGUAAAGGAGGGCGACAGGAGUACAGACGCCGACCGGACGAACGCGACUUCAGCCCGGUCAAAUCUGGCCCAAGAAAGAAGAACCAGCAUCCUUGUGACUUCUCCACGCGACUGCUCGACAUAGAGCCCGAAGUGUUGAAGAUCACCAUGCCUGAAGAGUUGGUAGAAUGGUACAGGUUGCACGGAGCGGACAGUACAGAGGUCACCCCAAAGGCAGGUAUGAUUAUCAUGGCUGAGCUGGCAGAUCGAGCUCUGAUCAACACGGUACAAUGGGCCAAGAAAGUUCCAGGUUUCGAAAAGCUGUGCCUGAGCGAUCAGAUGGCUCUACUGUGUAACUCGUGGAUGGAGAUCCUUCUCACCAAUGUGAUCUACCGCUCCUCGCUCCUACAACAGAGCAAAGAGAAACCGCUCUUCUUUGCCGAUGGCUUCAUCAUGACCAGACGGCUGUGCAUUGAGAAGGGUGUACUCAUCUAUGACCAGAUCACCAACGUGGUUGACCGCCUUCGGCCUCUUGGUGUCAGCAAGGGGAUCGCCGUACUCCUCAAGGCAAUGAUUCUGUUUAACGCAGGUCCAUCAUUGUCCAACCCGCUCCCGCUCCAGGCCACCGAUGAACUGCAAGAACUCCAGUUGACAGCAUUCGACGCCUUGCAUCAGCGCAUCUACAGAGAACACCCGAAGGACUAUCGGCUCGUCUACCGUCUCAUGACACUCUUGCCGCUUAUUAAGGACAUUGCCUUGACGAUAUCUUCCCUAGUGUGGAUUGAGUUCAACCAGGAACAAGUCCCCAUGCAACGAUUGCUUAGCGAGGUUCUGCAGCCUUUUUUGCAUACCAGAAUGGGGCAGAAGGGCGCCCCCAUCCACCCCCCUCCUCAAUCAAGCUAGCCUGAACAUCUGACGGUACACUUCGAGGAUCGUGAAUUACGCCAGAGAUCGGCUAUUGAGCCAACGCACAUAACCACCUUUGAACUCUCAACAUUGGCUUUCAUUGUUCUUAAGAUUCGCAGCUACAUCCGAUGGUCAUGUGUAUACAUAAAAACAGCCAACAACUGUAAAGGGGACCAGUCUACCAUAAAGCAUGCUUCUAAAGGAACUGUCACUUAAAGAAAUAUAUUAUUUUGUCUUUACUGCGUUUUACAAGCUUGACAGAUUGUAACCUAAAUCGAUACGAAUGGGCACAUCCGUAUAAUUUUGGUUAACGUUUUGAGUUUGCAGUUAAGUAACAACAAAAUCACCGAAACAUUAGGCCUAUGUCUGUGAAGAAAUUAUAUAGCCAAAAUCUACUUCCACAAGGUUGACAAAACAUGAGAGCAACGAAUUUAGAAACGCUUCUCUUAGAUUGGCGUGAAUUUCUCUUGUGUUUAGCAUUAUGCAAACAACAUUUCCGUAUAAAAUACACUCAAAGUCGUUGAUUAUGUCCCAGGAAAAUCUGUCCGCCCGAGAUUCUGUCGCCCAUGAAAAUGGACUUGAUGAGGAGGAUUCAACAGAGGGUGCUAUCAGAAGAAGUUUUUUUGUACAGUUCGUACCUUUUCGCAAAUACUGUGGCGCGCGCGUAAAGCUUGGA